GUGAGAAUUUAUCGGAGUAAUAUUAGAAUUGGUGAAAUAAUCUGACGUCACAAUGUUAGAAACACGUGACUUCCACCCGGUCUCUCUACGCCGUGCACGCCAUUUUCGGUAGGAUGUUCAAAUCUUUUCUAUCGUCCGCCCAGAGCGGCACUUUCAAUAACCCAUUCCACGCGAAAUGUGAGGGGUUGAAAGUCAACGAUGACCGAACAAUUGCUGCAGCCAGCACCGACGAAACCAGCUGUGAGUUUGGCUCAAGCAAGUACUAUGCCCUUUGUGGGUUUGGAGGCAUCUUGAGCUGUGGUAUCACACAUACAGCUGUUGUGCCAUUGGACUUGGUGAAAUGCAGAAUUCAGGUGGACCCAGAGAAAUAUGGAAGCAUCUUCAAAGGAUUCCGUGUCACAUUGGAAGAAGGAGGCACGAGGGCCCUUGGAAAAGGAUGGGCACCAACAUUUAUAGGAUAUUCCAUGCAGGGACUCUGCAAAUUUGGCUUUUAUGAAGUUUUCAAAAUAUUCUAUGCCGGACUCAUGGGAGAGGAAAACACCUACUUGUGGCGUACCUCCUUGUAUCUGGCUGCUAGUGCAUCGGCGGAAUUUUUUGCCGACAUUGCUCUCUGCCCCAUGGAAGCAGUGAAGGUCAGGAUUCAAACUCAGCCAGGAUGGAGCAACACACUUAGAGAAGGUUUCCCACGUAUUCUCCGGGAAGAGGGUGUGUCUGGGCUCUACAAAGGUCUUGUGCCACUAUGGGCCCGACAGAUCCCGUACACCAUGAUGAAGUUUGCCUGCUUCGAGCGUACAGUAGAAGCUCUGUACAAAUAUGUCGUUCCUAAGCCAAGAGCUGAAUGUUCCAAGUCUGAACAGCUUGUUGUGACAUUUUCUGCUGGUUAUAUUGCUGGUGUCUUCUGUGCCAUCGUUUCCCACCCUGCUGACACAAUUGUGUCCAAGCUCAAUCAGGAUGCAGGGAGCAACUUUGUUGAUGCUGCAAAGAAACUUGGAUUGGGAGGUAUGUGGAAGGGCCUGUUCCCCAGAAUCAUCAUGAUCGGCACACUGACAGCCCUGCAGUGGUUCAUCUACGACUCUGUCAAGGUGUACUUCCGUUUGCCACGUCCACCACCACCAGAGAUGCCCGAGUCACUGAAGCGUAAGCUGGGAAUUACCCAGUGAUGAUGGCUGCACUUUAGAAUGAGAAUUUGGACAUUUAGAAGAUCUGUUUACUGAACACACAAUAGAUACAUAUGGAUAAUGCAGUUGUUUUCUGUUUCCAGGCUGGAAAAUGUUUAUUCCAUGUCUUGAACUUCAAAAUAUUGUGUUGUUAAUCUACUUCAUGGCUGUAAUUGUAUUAGGUCAUGAUUUUGGUCAUCUUGAAAAUGUGUGCCAUUUGAAGGGGAACAUGAUGUUUAGCCAUAUUGACACAAUGUAUAAUACAGUGUGAAUAUUUAUGAGGAAUCAUCUAGCAUUACGAUGCAAGAGUGAAUAAAAAAUAUUAAACCUUG